AUGGGCAGAGCCGAAUUUCAAUACGAUGAAGUUGGUAACACGUUUUACUAUGUGCUCAUUUCAUUCUAUGCAAUCAUCUUGUUGCCAGCUACCUACUUUUUCUUUCCAUUUGGAGCAAAGAAAGAGGAAAGACGCGUUGAUGAAAAGCAAUGUCAGUGCAGAGGUUGUGUGGUGAAACGAGAAAGAAAAGAAGCGAAUCGCCCUUGGAAAAAAACAAAGAAACUCUUACAGAUUGUUCUUCUCAUUGUCGCAUGGACAAUAUUUUUCUGGUUGGCUCAAAAGGUUUCAUCGAUUGAAACAACACAUCAUGAAUAUGAUCCAUAUGCAAUUCUUGGCCUUGAUGCGGGUGCAGAUGUUGCUGAAGUGAAGAAAAAGUAUCGUGACCUCUCAAAGAAGCAUCACCCUGACAGGGGAGGCGAUCCUAUCGAAUUUGACAAAAUUGCUAAAGCAUACCAAGCAUUGACUGAUGAUGAGGCAAGGGAAAAUUGGGAGAAAUAUGGAAAUCCGGAUGGGCCAACAGCGACGACGUUUGGAAUUGCUCUCCCAAAGUGGCUCGUUUCAAAAGAAUACGGUCUCUGGGUGCUCGCUUUUUACGGCUUGAUGUUCAUGAUUGUUUUGCCCGUUGGAGUGGGCUUUUGGUGGUAUAAUUCGAUCAAGUAUAACCACGACAAAGUGCUUCUGGAUACAACGCAAUUGUUCUUCUACUUUUUGCACAAAACACCAAAGAUGGAGAUUAAUAGGAUGUUGAUGGUUCUUACGGGUGCUUUCGAGUUUUGGAAACAACACAACAAGGAAAUUGUUGAAAGAGAAACUGACGAUUUCACUUUACCCAAACUGAUGAAACAUUUCCCAAAUCUUGGAGAAAACAAGAAGGAAAAACCGCUUUCUUUUCCGUAUGCACUAAAGGCUAGAAUUCUUGCAUAUGCUUACUUAGGACGCCAUGAUCUCGAAAAUGAUGAUUUAGAUGUCGAUCAGAGAUACAUAAUCUCCCGUGUGCUCCGAUUGGUUGAGGAAAUGAUAUCUUGUACACAACAACUCACGUUUUACUCGCAGGCUAAAGUUCCCUUUGAAACAAUGGAAAAUGUUCUCAAGUUGAUGCCCAUGUUCACACAAGCAUUAUGGCCCAAGUAUUCACCUCUACUUCAGUUACCUCACAUUGGCGAGCAAAAUCUCGGCUUCAUUAAAAGGAAUAAAGUCCACACCUGUGCCCAACUCGCAAGGCUAGAUGAUGUUAAAAGACGGCAGGUUUUGAACUCGUUGAGUGAUUACCAAUACCGAGAUGUACUUGUUGUUCUGUCAUCCAUGCCACAGCUGCAAAUUGAAACAUCAUUUGAAGUUCUCGGCGAAGAAGACAAACACGAAGUAACAGCAAAGUGUCUUGUUACACUGAAAGUGAAAUUGACGCGCCGAAGUCUCCUCGACAAGGAUAACAUUCCUGACGACAAUCGAAAAGAUUUUGAUGACAAUAGUGAUAUUGAAAAGAUUUCCGGUGAUGAAAAUGAAGGAGAUGAUAAAAAGGAGCAAGAAGAUAAGAAGCCCAAACGCAAGGCGUGGGAAAAGCAACCAAAGAAAGCGAAGGGAAAAGGUGGAAAGAAAGCACCCACAAAGCCGAAGCCGAAGUCAAAAGCAGCAGUAGUCGCAACGACACCAAAUGAAGGCCCUUCUGGUGCAACUCAAAUUGUUCAAUCUGAGGCUUCUCCAAAUGCAGAAAAAGGAAAUGACGAUGAGGAUGAUGAAGAGUCGGUCUCGGGGGCAUCCGAAGCGGAAGAUACGAAUCGAGAAGAUUUUGAGGAAGACCACGAAGAAAGUGAUAUUGAAGAAGAUUGGUCGAAGCCAGACAAAAAUCUUUUUGAAACCAAAACAAGAGAAACGCAUACCGUUCACGCUCCUUAUUACCCGUCAGAAAAGUUUGAAUGGUGGUGGUUGACACUUGCAUUCAACGACAAGAAGCAAAGACGCUUGUGUGCUCCGGUUACCCCGUGCAAAACACUGAUUGAUACUCAAACCUUUGACCUGAAGUUCACAGCGCCAGAAGAAAAGGGUGUUUAUUCUUUUACAUUGGGCGUUCACUCCGACUCGUAUAUGGAUGCCGAUUACAUGAUGGAUAUCAAGCUUGAUGUGAAAGAAGCAAAACAGGCACCGCCCGUCAAAUAUGAAGACACAGAAGAAGAAGAAGAGCAGAUUGAGGCUUCUUCGGAUGAAGAAUACACGGAGGAUGAUGAUUCUGAA